CCUCCCCGACUCCUCCUUCCCUCCCCGCCGCGACUCGUCCGUCCCAGCUGGCGCCCUUCGCCGCUCUUCGGGCGGUUAUUCAAAAGGCUUGUGAUUUGAAAUAAUGGAUGAACAAUCACAGGGUCUGCCCGGUCCUCCUGCGUCUCAGUUUCAGCCACAGAAAGCCUUACGACCUGACAUGGGCUACAAUACUUUAGCCAAUUUUCGGAUAGAAAAGAAGAUUGGCCGCGGACAGUUUAGUGAAGUCUACAGAGCUACAUGCUUGUUGGAUGGUGUUCCAGUAGCUUUAAAAAAAGUGCAGAUAUUUGAUUUAAUGGAUGCAAAGGCACGUGCUGACUGUAUUAAGGAAAUUGAUCUCCUUAAGCAAUUGAACCACCCCAAUGUGAUCAAAUAUUAUGCAUCAUUUAUUGAAGACAAUGAACUAAACAUUGUGCUCGAAUUAGCAGAUGCUGGAGACCUUUCUAGGAUGAUCAAGCAUUUUAAGAAGCAGAAGAGGCUGAUCCCGGAAAGGACAGUUUGGAAAUACUUUGUUCAGCUGUGCAGUGCCUUGGAACAUAUGCAUUCUCGGCGUGUCAUGCAUCGAGACAUCAAGCCAGCAAAUGUAUUCAUUACUGCUACAGGAGUAGUAAAACUUGGAGAUCUUGGAUUGGGAAGAUUUUUCAGCUCUAAAACCACAGCUGCACAUUCUCUAGUGGGAACACCUUAUUAUAUGUCUCCAGAAAGAAUCCAUGAAAAUGGGUAUAACUUCAAAUCAGAUAUCUGGUCUCUAGGAUGUCUGUUAUAUGAGAUGGCUGCAUUGCAAAGCCCCUUCUAUGGUGACAAAAUGAACUUGUAUUCUUUAUGUAAAAAGAUAGAACAAUGUGAUUAUCCACCCCUUCCGUCAGACCACUACUCAGAAGAACUCCGACAAUUAGUUAACAUCUGCAUCAACCCAGAUCCAGAGAAACGACCAGAUAUAACCUAUGUUUAUGAUGUAGCAAAACGCAUGCAUGCCCACACAGCUACCAGUUAAAAGAUUUGCCUCGUAGGAGGAACAAAAACAAGUUGUGAACAUUUAAGCAUAGAUAUGCUUUCUCCCAAUUUUUUUAUUGUCUAUUGCUUUAAAUUUGCUUAUGUGUCAAGGUUAUAUUAACACCUUUGUUACAUAAUUUACAAGUAAAGGAUACUUAUAUUUUUAAAUUUUAAAAUAUGAGACAGUUUUAAAGAUAAGUAAAUUGUUACAAUUUAGAGUAAUUGCAGUUCAUUUAUAUACUAUGCAAUUAUUGAAUAAAGGGGAAACAUUUUUAUAUAGCUUUAACUUUUGUCUAACAAGUCUAAGUUGCUGGUUUUCUUAGAAAGAUAAUAGUUUAAUUCCUACAAGCAAAAUUUUAAAUGUUGAAUGCUGUAAUAAUUUAUGGAUAUGAAUAUGAUGAAAGCAUAAUUAUUGAAUGUAUUAUUCAUUAGUACAUUUAUUGUUGGUUUUCUUUCUACUCCUUUCCCAGAAAUGUAAAAAAUUUUUUUUAAAUAAUGUAUAGUUUUGCUUGUCAAAAAUGUGUAUUUAUUUGACAUUAGCUUUAAGGCAGUUUUUGAAUGUGAAAAUGUGGCUUUUUCAACUGGUUUUUUUUUUUUUUUGUGGCAUAUUGUCCCACACUGGGGAAACAAAGGAGAAGAAAUCUGGUCAAAUUGUUUGUUAUCUAAUCUUGUACUGUAUUAUAACCCCAAUCCCUAAUUUUGAUUUCAAGAACUGAGAGAAUUUGCACAAUGUCGAGGAGUUAGAAUCAGUAAUCAGGUUAGGAGGGAUGUUGAGGAUCCACCUGGUCUCUACUAUCUCCCUGACAGAUGGUUUAAACCAGGGGUGGCAAACUGACAGCCCGCGAGCCAGAUGCAUCACAUGCAGACCACGCCCACCCUGGUUCCGCAAAAGCAAAAAAGUCACAAUACAUUGCAAUACGUCAUGUGAUGCAAUUGAGUUUGGACACCUGUGGCUUGGAAAGGAGCAUUUAAUGACUCCCAAGUCAGCUUGUUCUACUGCCUUAAGGUUCAAGCUUGUAGCUGUAGUGUUAAUCAUUCUCCAAAUCUGUGGCUACUAAGCUCCAGUUAUAAAUUAGUUUUCAUGUCAGUAUUACAUUGCUAAACACAUAAAAACUAGUAGAGUACUUAACUUUGGGCUGGAUAGAUAUGUAUAUUAAUUGCAUUGGCAUAGAUGGCUCCCCAAAACCUAAGAGAUUGGGGUUUAAAAGACAUUUGCUUUGAAGAACAGUAUUUUCUACAACAUAUACAAUAGGAUGAACCAAGGCCACUUCCCAAGCUGUGCAAUGUAGUUUCUUCCUAGCAACAUCCAGCCACUGCUGAAAUAAUAUAAAGCUGACCUCAUUACUAUUUACUUUGGCACUCUGAUGCUUGGAUGACUAUAGACAUUACAGAAGUAGUUAUGUGUGGGAAAAUAAUCCCAGGAUAUUUGAAAUAUGAGGGACACUUAAAAUAAAUGACUGUCAUUUGGAAGAUCCUUCAAAUUGUUUACAUAGGAUGAUUUCUCCAUAUGCUGUGAUUCAUAAUGCUGAAUGGAGGCCAUUGUGUAUGUUUGUUUAUAUAAUCAAAAACCUAAUGAUAAGGUUAAAUUAUGAUUGUGGUUAAGACUCAUGGCCACUGCUGGGCAGAUUUGGUAUGAAUUAUCUAUUAAAGUGAAGGUAUCUGCUUUGAAAAUCCUUUAUUAAUUUAAAAGACAAUAAUAAUUGUCUGAAACUAAGAAAAAUGUUUUGAAUUGGUGAAGUUUUUGUUAGACUUUAGAAUGACCUGAAAUAGAAUAGAUCAAUAAAGCAAUAAAUAGCAUGCUAUCAUAAAAGGGAAGAAUAUUAAUUUAUAACUUCAAGAAAUUAUGUAGCUAAAGGUCUAAUUGUUUUAACAUGUUGAAGAUCAUAAACACGACUUCCCUAAGAAAGCGUCCCCCUGUCAUUACACUGCAGUUCUCAAAAAUCUGGAUCUAACACAUUGCCCAAUUGUACCAAUUCAUCAUUUAUUUCAGUCACAUACAUGACUAUAAAGCUAUGCGAUUUCAUGAUUACAGCCAGCCCAGGUCUGUCCCUCUUGCAAUAAUCUAAGUAAAACAUAAAAUACUUGCCCAGAUGUCUCUUAAAGGUUUUAUCCAUUUCUCUACUCUUACUGUUCUAUUCUAGCUAGAUAACUGAUUUUUUUUAAUCAGGGUUUUUUAAUACAAGUUUAGUGGGAAUAAUGAGGUCUGAUGGUCACUAAUUGGACACGUAUGAAACACAUGCUUUUUGUUGCAUCAGCUUAUGUUAAUGUGAUUUUAAAUUCUAUGUCCAGUAAUAUUUGGAGUAGAGUUAAAACUUUAGUACAACAUCUAGUCAUAGAAACCAUGAGGGAGAAACUUGAAAUUUUGCCUUCUCCCUUAGCACAUGUUUGACUUCUCAGGAAAAUUCAAAGAAAAUGAAAAAUGCUAAUAAUGUCUGUAAGAUUCUUUACUUUUUUUUGCUAGGAAUAAAACUAACAUAAUAUUUGUUAAAACAUUGAAUAAAAUAAUAUCCAAGUCCCUUGUUCCCACCACAACUUUCAUGCUUUUAUAUGCAAAAAUACUUCGGAAUUCUGUAUUUUUCCCCAUUGAAGAGAAGAAGCAGUAGCAUUUAAAACAGCAUUAUCUUCAUGUAGCUUUCUGGCAUGCAUAUUUGAAAAAGAGGUUUACUGAAUUCACUCCAAGUAUGUAUCACUAAUUGUGUGUGCACACAUGCAUAUAUCACUGUCUACACAAAAUACUUUGGGGAAUUGUUUCUAAAAAUAAAUGUUGGGAAUGAUGAUGACAUUAAUUCCAAUGUAAACCAAAAGCAUAACUGUAAAAAUAUCUGAUAUUGAUAAAAAUAUGUGGAUGUGUAUGUAAAACAAUUGCAUUAGUAUGAAAAGGUUACCGGUUUCAUAUAUCUGCUGUUAGCAUUAGACGUAGUAGAUAGCUUGCUCCAAUCCCACUACAUACUGGCAAAACCAAGAUCAA